GAAAGAAUUAUAUGGAAAGGAAAAAAAGAUCAUUCUUCCAUAUGGGGCAACUUGUAGCCCUGUCCAUUUUAGAAGAUGGACCUGGUCUUCCUAUUUUUUCAGAGGCAGCUACUGAUUACAUUUUGGAGGGAUGUAUCAAAAGCCUCCACAUAAAUGACCUUCCAGAUGUGGUAAAGGAAAAGUUGAAUCAGAUGGAUAGAUGCACUUCAGAUGAGGCUGUAAAACAAGUUUAUAGUACCAUGGAAGAGGAGAGGACUGGGGCUGAUUUUCUGGUGCCAGUGCUGAAGUUUAAUAGGGAGAUGAUUUCAUCAUUCAAAUCAGCAUUGGUUGAGCAUCCCUGCUCAAGUUGUAAAGAAGAGCUUGACCAGUUCAUAAGAGGACUAGACACUCAUCAAGUCCUGGGUCUUCUGAGACAGGACGAAAAUAAGACAAAGGUGAGGGUUUUAUUUUCUGGCCAAGUUAAACCCCUGACAGCACUUGCACUAAGACAAAUGAUGGUUUUCAAAUACAGUGAAGGCAACCGGAGGCUUGGUGAGAUGAGAACUGGCCAAGGUUUUCUCACCUUCUUGCAAGCAGCAAGCAAGAAAACUGAUUCAAAGGCCCAGGUGAAUGGGAUUGUUGUAACUUUAGAAGAUAUUUUGGUGUGGCUGAGCGGUGCAAGAUUUAUUCCUGCCGCUGGGUUUCAUAAAAAAAUUGAUGUGGAAUUCAGCAAUGCAGUACAAGUUAAUACAUGCGCAUUAACCUUGACUCUUAAAAUAGAGGAAAACAUGACACCAGAAGAUGCUGUAGUACAUUACGCUGGGCUUCUGAUAAAUAGCCAGACAUUUACAAUGGAGUGAUUGAAAACAGUUGUCACUGAUAUCUAGUUUGUUCAGCCAUUCUUCUGACUAAUGUACAUAUUUGAAUUCGUUUAGUAUAAUGGUAUAAGGUCACUUUGACCUACAUUUUUCAGGAGGCCUGAAAAUCUACAACUUAAUUAUUUGGGUAGGAAAUAAUACUCAAAUGUAAAUCCUUUUUAUUUUCUAAUCUGACAAUAUAUUUCAUGUUCAAUGUAUAUUCUGUAAAGCACCUUUCAACUCAAAACUUCUAGAUGCAAAUAUUUACCAUUAUGAAUUUUAGAAACUUUUAAUUAUCUAGGAUGAACUUGUGGAAAUGCUUCCAUAAUCAAAUAUUUGACCAAAGAUAUAUACAUGUAGUCUGUCUGUCUGUCUGUCCUUCAGUUGCAUUUUUCUAAGGAAAUACAAGACAAGGAUUUCUGAAAUUUGGUAUCAGGGUUUAUAUAAGGGAGCUUUACCAUGUGAUGUAUUUUCAGAUCACUCAACAACUUUUUGUUUACUGAACACUUACAUAUUUUAACACAUUAUACCAAAGUUGUAAAUUUUUGUCACAUUUUUCUCAGGAACUACAGAUCACAGCUUUCUGAAAUUUGGUAUUAAGGUUUAUAUAAGGGAGCUUUGCCAUGUGAUGUGUUUUCAAAUUCAUCACUCAACAACUUCCUGUUUAACUAACACUUACAUAUUUUAACAAAUAACAAAGUUGUAAAUUUUCGUCAGUUUUCUUAGGAAGUACAGAUCAAGACUUUCUUAAAUUUAGUAUCAAGGUUUAUAUGUGCAACUAUACCGUGUGAUGCGUUUUCAGAUUUAUUUUUCCAUACCUAAAGAUUUGAAUUUGGUAUUUAGUUUAUAGUUUUACAAUUACAAGUUACAUAUCAAUUUAAAAUUUUGUUCUGAUUUGAUGAUAUUUCACAGAGUUACAAAAUGUAUAUGCUCCUAAGACCU